ACAAUGGCAACAUCAGCGUUCGCAUCUGAACUCCGGAUUGUGGUGUUUGGAAAGCAACAAAAUGAAAAGACAUUAUUAAGUAAAUUCAUCACAAGGGAAAGAGAUCCUAUUCCAAAAAUGACAAAGCAUUGCACAGCCGCCUAUGGAGAAUGGAAGGGGACAAAAUUAACCGUAGUGAACACUUCAGAUGUCUUCAGUCUGCCUGAGGGAAGAGUGAGACAUGAGAUGAAAAAGUGUGUAGCUCUUUGCCCCCCUGGACCAAAUGUCCUCCUGCUGUUAGUCAAGCCUUCUGAUUUCAGUGAAGAGGACAGAGAGAAAUUUAAAUUCAUCCUGAGCUUCUUCGGUCAAGAUGCUUUUAAAUACUGUAUGGUCAUUGAAACGCAAAAUGGGGAGGUACAGAAUGGUUCAGUGAACCAAGUCAUUCUGGACUGCAGACAAAGGCAGCACAGCAUUAACUUUGAUAUAAAAGGUCUCCCCAAACAUGAAUACCAACAGCUGAUUGAGCAGAUGGAGAAAAUAGUGAGUGACAACAAAGGAAGAUAUCUAAACUGUACUGAAGGAGAUGAUCAAAUGACAGAAUCUGCAACUUCUAAACCCGCUCUAAACUUAGUAUUGUGUGGAAGAUUUGGAGCCUGGAAGACUUCAGCGGUGAACGCCAUUCUGGGAGAAAGAAAGUUUGAGGUCAAAAAUCAGGGAGAGGUGGGUGGACAAAUGGUUUCCUUGGUGGAGCUUCCUGCCUUACAUGGAAAACCUCAGGAGGCAGUGAAGAAGGAAGCAUUCAAGUGUAUCUCCCUCUGUGAACCUGAGGGCGCCCAUGCCUUCAUCCUGGUCCUUCCUGUGGGUCCGCCCAAUGAGGAAGACAAGAAAGAGUUAGAGACAAUCCGGAACGCCUUCGGCCCUCAAGUGAAGGACAUCAUGAUUCUGUUCACUGUCAAGUCUGAUCCGAAUUCUCCAGCAGUUGUAAAAUGUCUGAAGGAGAAUGAGCACAUCCAGGAUCUCAUUCAGAGUUGUGGCCAACGAUACGUUGUCUUCAACAUCAGAGACAAGCAGCAGGUCCUUUCUGUGUUGAACACAGUAGAGAAGCUCAGAGCUGGUGAAUCGAGAGGUUUCACAAAGAAAAUGAUGGCGACGCCCAGGAUAAAUAAGGCAGCAAUACAAAAACAGGAGAGUGUAGAGAGCGAGGACUGUCUCAGGAUGGUGCUGAUUGGGAAGACUGGCUGCGGAAAAAGUGCAACUGCUAACAGUAUUUUGGGCAAAGAGUGCUUCAAAUCUAAAGCCAGCCCAAAGUCAGUGACCGAGUUUUGCCGGAAAGAAACAGGCAAGAUUGAUGGACGGCAUGUUGUCAUAGUUGACACUCCCGGCUUGUUUGAUACAACUCUGACUAAUGAAGAAGUUAAACAUGAGCUUGUGAAAUGUGUCACCUUGUUGGCUCCAGGACCUCACGUGUUCUUAUUAGUGCUGCAAAUCGGCCGCUUUACAAAAGAGGAGAAAGAAACUGUGGAACUGAUCAAGGAGUUUUUUGGCGAGAAGUCUGGAGACUACAUCAUUGUUAUAUUCACCAGAGGAGACGAUCUUCAAGAUCAAACAUUUGAGAGUUACAUUCAGGACGACAGGGACGGCUUUGUUGGAAAACUGUUGGUUGACUGUGGAGGAAUAUACCAGGUCUUCAAUAACAACGACGAGAAUCAUGCUCAGGCCAGAGAGCUACUGGGCAAAGUUGAAUCAAUGGUGAACAGAAAUGGUGGCGGCUGCUACACCUCCGAUAUGUUCCAAGAAGCUGAGGCAGCCAUUCAAAAGGAAGUGACGAGGAUCCUGAAGGAAAAGGAGCCAGAGAUACAGAGGGAAAUCAUGGACUGCAAAAAUAAACAUAAAGAAAGAAUCCAGGCAAAGAGAAAAGAAUUUGAAGAACAAAAAAGAAAAACUAUACGAGACGGAGAACAGACAGCUAAACUAAUCAAGAUGAAGGAGGAAUACAUUAAGGAGCAGGAAAAGUUGAAGAGAGAGGAAGAAGAGAGGCAGAAGACAGAAAGGAAGGACGAAAGUCAAAAGAUGUCGUGGGAGCCAAAUCCUGAAGCUGUGGACAUUUGCGAGAAGGAACGCAGGGAAAGGUGGGAGAAACGAUAUAUCGAAGAUCAGCAGAGAAGAUAUGAGGAGGAAAUGCAACUCAGAAAGCUCAGAGAAGAAUAUGAGAAGGAAAAAAAUGAAUAUGAAAACAAAAGAAAACAAGUUCUCAUCAUAAAAGAGCAACAGGACAAAGAACUGGAAUACCUACAAUCGUCCCUCAUGAGGAAUCUGGGAAUAAUCAAAAAUAGACACGAAGAAGAUGCCAGAAAGCAAGCUGAAGAGUUCAACGAAUUCAGACAGAGAUACGACGACGAUAUCGAGGCUCUGGCUGAAAAGCACUACAAGGAGAUGGAGGAUCUGAAGGAGAAGCACAUGAAACACAACGACCUGAUAGUACAACAACUGAGCAAACGCAGAGUGUACGGGAAAGACUUUGAACGACUGAAGAAAAAACACGAGCAAGAAAUGAAGGACCUGACGGUGACGCUUUAUCCAUCAAACAAAGAAGAUAUGGACAAAGAAAUCAGCAACCUAAAGAUGACACAGGAGGAGGAGAUAAAUAACUGGAUACAAGAACAUGUAAAGAAAACCAGAGACAAGAGCUGCUCCAUUCUGUGAAACUGUGCUGCUGUUGUCAAAAUUCCUCAGAAAAAAACAGCUCAGACUACCAAACUUUGAAAUAUUAAGAUUUAAUUUGCAUUUUUAUUCCUCUAUACAUUACCAGAAAUUGAGUAGUAGGCAUAAUGAGUCUGUGUCACCUAUUAUUUUGCAAGAUCCUUUUGAAUUUGUGUGCAUGAGUUGAGGAGAGGAAAAUGUACCUUCGUAACACUAAAAUCAGAAACUGUAAUGUGUUAAAUCUUGCCCUCAUAAUAUUGAGUGAACUCUGUUUUAGUUGGAUGAACCAAUGUGUUAUUAUGUUAGUUUACUUUUUCAGGCUUUUAAUCAAAUGUUUACAAGGAUCAACUGUCUGAUUAUUUACAUUUUAUUCUGUAUAUCACUGAACAUAUUCAGUUGCUGUAAAUUUCAGUACAUCGGGUUAGUAAAGAAAGACUUUGUUAGCUACAAUGUCUGUUUGGUUGUUUAAAAUAUAAAUUGUAUAAAUAUACAUACAUAUACAUAUAUAUGUUUCUUCU